AGCAGAGCGCUCGGUUUGCUAUCUGCUCUUCUUGAAGGUUUUAAGACUGGCUGGGAGACUUUUCUAUGAGUAUACCUCUGCACCUCUGUCCAAUUUUCUGUAUGUUGAGGACUGGAUUAUAAAUGAUCAGGAGGGGAUAAUAGGUGUAUCACUGUGAUCUCCCUAUUCUGUAAUAAGAAGGGAAAGAAAUUCAGGGUUGGAAAACGAGGUAAUACAAGAUGUGUUACACUGCCUUGCCCAACUUGGUCCCCUCCUCUGUAUAUUCUAAUUUGGAUAUUAUAGCUGACUGUAAUUUGACUUCCUCACACUGGUGGCUGGUGUUGGCUUUGUGACUACAGUAAGACAAGACGUUGCUGUUAUUUUAUAUUCCUGGCGGUUCUUUUUCAAAUAUGCAGAGGAAUAAGAACAUGGAAGUACUGUACUGUAGUGGUUUCUUUUACCUUAGGACUCUACAAACCUGUAUAGGAAUGCUAAAUUCUCUGACUUCAUACCCAAAGCUCAAGGGGUAUUGAACCAACCAAGUUGUUUUGAUGCUUCCUCUGUAUCCAAAGAUAGUGAAAUUUGGAAGAUUACUGUAUUUAUGUGCAAGAAAAUAUCUCUGGAACUGAGAUAAGCUCUCUUGUGGAAAGUCUCAGAAUUUCCUUGCGAUGUCGAUAGAAUGGACAAACUGCCUUGUUACACUGCUGUCACAUUUGAACCUGUGAUAAACUUCACUUCCAAAAUCCUUUUCAUGGAGCUCCUCAAUCAAUCAAUGAGAACAGACGUGGAAGGGACUUUGGAGGUCUUCUAGUCCAAUCCCUUACUCAAGCAAGAGACCAUAUACCAUUACAGACAGGUGGCUGUCCAGUCUUUUCUUAAAAACCUCCAGUGAUGAAACACCUACAACUUCUGAAGGCAAGCUGUUUCACUGGUUAAUUGUGCUCGCUGUUAGGAAGUUCCUCCUUAGUUCUAGGUUGCUUCUCUCCUUGAUUCGUUCCCAUCCAUUGUUUCUUGCCUUGUCUUCAGAUGCUUUGCAGAAUAGCUUGAUUCCUUCUUCUUUGUGGCAGCCCCUCAAAUACUGGAAUACUGCUAUCAUAUCACUAUCGUAUACAUUUGCAUGAGUUGUGUGGAAAAAAGAUUGUCAAAGUUUGCAACAGCAAUUAAAUCGAGAAAACACACACAGGAAACUGCACAUCCGAGGUUUACUGAUCUUCACAAAUAUUGGCAUAAUGCACUAUGGAAAAGUUAUUGACUGCUGACCGAUGUCUUCAAUAUCCGGGGAUUUUGACUGCAUAUCUUUAGGAGAAGAAUCCUUUGGCAAUGAAUGUCAGGGCAUGUUCUAUGAGCCACCGAACAACAUACACUCCUCACAGGCCUGGGAUGGUAAAUGCGCAGCAGAACCCAUCUAUUAAACUGCAUAUAGAAGCUCCUUCUGCUUCUUCUAAUAGUAGCACCCCGGGUGCUGCUAUUGGAAACCUAUCGACCCCCUCACAUUUAAAGACAUCUCUUGGAGGAGGUGUGGCUCAUCAGAGCAAUGCCGUUGACUGUAAUAUUAACUUUCCUGCUUUAAGUCAGAAGAGACAAAUGGUUACAAAUGGAAAGUCUUUAUUCCAUGUCCCACAGCAUCCAGGGGUAACAACUCCACAGUUUUUGAAGCCAAAGGAGCAAGAAUUUGGAAAUAAAUUUACUGCAAGCACAGUAAAAGGAGCAUUUGUCUGCGGAUCUCAGUGCAAGUCCAUUGGAAAAAACAGCUGCAACAAUUUGAUAAUCACCAGCAGCCCAAUGGUGGUUCAGAGACUGGGACCUCUAUCUCCUUCGACUCAGCAGGUCUUGCCAGCAUGCAGCCAAAUCAGCCCUAGUUUACAGAGGACUAUGAAUAUGUCAAAUCCAGAUAUAUCAUCUGAUACAAGAUCCCUCAUAUCACGAGAAUCUUUGGCGUCCACAACUUUGAGCCUUUCGGAAAGCCAGUCAAUACAGAGUGUCAAACAAGAGUGGUUUCAUGGUUAUAGAAUUUAUCCUUCUCUUCCCUCCAACUUGGGAUCACAAAACAGCAGUCAAUUCAGUGAUGUCACAAAUGCUACAUCUGGUAUAUCCAUGUCCAACAACUUUUCUACUUCAUUGCCAUCUUACUUGCUCAGCAUGGAAAACAACCAUCCCCCUUAUUCUAGCCCUCACCAUUCCUCAGCCAGAUCUCAUUCUGCGAAAAAGAGAGCACUAUCUCUGUCCCCUUUGUCUGAUGGCAUUGGGAUUGACUUCAAUACGAUCAUCCGCACCUCCCCUACCUCCCUAGUUGCGUAUAUAAAUGGUUCAAGAACAUCUCCAUGCAACAUCUCUCCUCAACCUGAAGUUUAUGGGCAUUUCUUAGGAAUAAAGGGAAGCUGCAUUCCCCAGACUUGCUCUAUACCAAAUCCUCAAAAAAGGCUUCUUAUGGCUAAUUGCAAUGCUAUCCCUCCAGACUACAGUGAAAAUGGAAAUGGCGAAUACCAGCGCAUGCAACAGUUGGAACAAAGCAAUCUACAGCCGUUGAUCACAAAUAAUAUGAUGGUUCAACAAAGUACAUGUCUAGGAGAGAGCCAGCCUAUGGGCCUUGGGAAGGGUGGACAGGGGGAUAUUUUUUCUGGAAAUGCAAAUAGCGUUCCCUCUGCUUCUUCACUGGCUCCCCCCGUGCUUCCUCCUCCCCCUGGUCCACCGCCUCCCUAUCACGCACACCAGCAUGCACUCAUCAACCAUCCCCGUCCACUUUCCUUGCCUGCAUCUAUCCAGAAGUGUUUUUUAGAUGAAGACAGUGAACUCGAUGAUUUCAGUGGCAAGCACUGCUGUCGUUGGAUAGACUGCAGUGCUACCUACGAUCAGCAAGAAGAACUAGUGCGACAUAUAGAAAAAAUUCACAUUGACCAGAGGAAAGGGGAAGAUUUCACUUGUUUCUGGGCCGGGUGCCCUCGAAGAUACAAACCAUUUAACGCCCGUUACAAAUUGCUUAUCCAUAUGAGAGUGCAUUCGGGGGAGAAGCCAAACAAAUGUACGUUCGAAGGCUGCAAGAAGGCCUUUUCUAGACUAGAAAAUCUGAAGAUUCACUUAAGGAGCCACACUGGAGAAAAACCUUACCUUUGCCAGCAUCAAGGCUGUCAUAAAGCAUUCAGUAAUUCCAGCGACCGAGCCAAGCACCAGAGGACGCACCUGGACACUAAACCUUAUGCUUGUCAGAUUCCUGGCUGUACCAAACGAUACACAGAUCCAAGUUCUCUAAGAAAACAUGUAAAGGCCCAUUCUUCUAAAGAUUUGCAGGCCAGAAAAAAGUUGCGUGCCACUACAGAACUUGACCAAGACAUUCUCAAUGACUGCCUGAGUAUCCAGCCUAUUCAGGUCCCAUCAUCUCCCCAUGAUGUUUCUGCCAGCACUGUCCAACAAUCACCGGGACAUGUCCAUGACCUUUACCCAGCUACCAUGUUUUCCAGCACUCAUUCAAAUCAAAGUGGAAUUGCUGUGGGCAAUGAACCCCCCUCACAUGCUGUGAGCCUCUCUUCACCAAGGCCCAGUAUUCACGAGAGCCCUCACAACCCAUCAACUGCAGAUCCAGGAACCGAGAGCCCUGGGAGAAUUCUUCCUCCCCCUCCUUUCAUGCAGAAAAGAACAUCACAGCCUUCAGCCACCCAGCAAUUUGGCGAAGUGCAUUUGAAGACGAAUGGUUCACUGAGCAAUCCUUCUUUCCAGCCAAACAGCAUCCAAAUCCAAGGUGUUUAUGGGCAACUACAGACUUUCUGCUCCCCUCAUUAUACUGACAAUCAGAGAAAUAUACAACACAUUGGAGCUUGUAACAUGGUCCCUCCUUUUGAAGAUUGUUUGGUACCGACAUCUAUGGGUCAGUCAGGUUUUGAUGUUUUCCAUAAAGCAUUUUCAGCACAUUCUGGUAUUACAGUUUAUGAUUUUCCAAUGGCCUUUGGUGAUUCAUUGCGCAGUGGGAUGGAAGAUGCAAGUUUCCUCCAUAUAAAUGCUGUGGAUCGUUGUCCUAGUCAACUGUCUUCACUUUAUAUGGAAGGCUGAGGAAGCACAGACUACAGCUCUGCAUAUCAUCUCAACCAUUCAGCCUAUUAUAGAUCAUCUUCUGUUGGUCUCUGAAACUACUUACUCAAGAAAUAAAGAAAAUAUCACCAGAAAGAUCCCAACUUCACAGCUACAGCUGAUAUAAGGUGUUGCAAGAUGUUGGGUGACAUGUAUUUGCCAAAUGUGAGCAAUUGUUUUAAUUUGGCCUUUUCUGUUGCAUAACCGUUUCCAUAAGAGAAUAAUUACUGCACUGCUUAGUAUAUUUUUCAAUGAAUUGUUGGAAUUUUUAAAACUCUUGGAGGAAUUCUAAUAAUGGUCAACAACAAUAAACUUCUCACAAAAGCAGAUUUCUAAAAUGAAGAACCUGUCUUGCAGUGCUUUGAAAUCUAAGCACGUAAUCUCACAGGAUGGAGGGUGAAAAGGGAAUGUAUUUUUUGAUGAUAUGAUGUUGGUGACAAUAGUACAAUUUGAGCUUCUUUUCAGCAUCCAGUAUUAAUUGUUAGCUUAAAGAGGUGUGCUGGUGAUUUUUUUUUUGCCAUGUUCACCUGAAGAGAAUUUAUUUUACUGGAUUUAUGCAUUAUAAUUUAAUGUUUAUGUUUUAUGUGAUGAAUUCUCCAUAGAAAAUUUUAAAACGCAGAUAUACAAAUUUAGAAUAGAGAUUCUCCAUUAAUGCUAGCAAAUAAUUAAUGCCAUUUUGAUAACUUUUAUAAUGUUUGAUAUGCAUGUAAGAAAGAUAAGAGCAGUGAUCUGAAUUAGUACUGUGUUGCAGGGAGAGGAAAGCCAGUUCUCCCCUCUCUAUCAGUCCUCCCACUGAAACUGAGUUUAUCUUUCCUAUCUACUAUCCUAAUUGUACCACUCAAGUGGAGAACCAAAUACAGGAACAGAAAUUGGGAGGAAACUGAGGAUUUCCACUGAAGAAGAAGAAAAGAAUUAAAUAUCUUCUCCCAAAUUUGAAGUUCUGAUCAAAAACAUAUCAGCCUAGCAUGUCAUUUCAGAUCUUUGAGGUCACAUAUAGUUACAUUCAGAAAUUUUGUACAUCUGUGAAACAUAUUUUGUACUUUAUUCAUCAUGUAUUUUAAAAGUUUAUUUUUCCCACAUUAAUAUUGCACAUACUGUAUGCUAGUAUAUAAAUCUGAAGGGUUUUUUUUCCCUAUGGUACUUUCUGUCCUCUUUUUGGUAAAAACAGUUAGCACAUCAGGUAUUAACUCCAUUGCAAAGGCUUUUGUGUUGUUUCUGAAUGGUUAUAAAUAUGUUUGGAAAGUAAAAUGUGGAUUUGCCUUUCAAGGUAUGGUCUUUGUCAUAGAUACAGAGACAUAUAAUUCAAACAGCAGCCUUCUUUGUUCAUUGUUUACUUGUGGCUUGUUUAGUCAUUGUGGCCAACUCAUUUGAAAAAUUUCUCACUGUGCAUCGUCUUCGAUAAUGACCUGUUAUUGCUAAAGAAAAAACAAUCUGUGAAGAUGUCAGCCAAAGGAAUUGUUGUAUAUAAACUAUAGUAAGAAUAAGUAGAAAGUUUCUAAAAUCAUCAUUCAAGCUUCCAACAUCCUGAUACUAAAUUAUAUUUACAUUUAUUAAGGUGCUUUGUGAAAUUAUAGAUACAGUGUAGCCACAUUUUAAAAUAUCCACUAUUAGUAUGUGUAUUCUAUUCCAGCAAAAGAAAUCUGUGUGGGGAUGCCCUUGCUGAAUCAGAUCUUGAUUGCACUUUAUUGCAUUCCUCUGCAGAUUUUGUAUCUAGUGAUGAAGAGGCUGGAUCAUUUCUAUAAAAGCAUGCAUUUAACAGUGCCAAAGCCCUCUAUUUGGAGGAUAGAGUUCAGGCUCUCUUCUCCCAUUUCCUACAUAAUCCCAUUUAUCCGUAGCCAUUUUUCAUGAGAAAGUGCCUGUAGAUCCUUGCAGCAGCUCACAUAUGGGGAGAAUAAGAUGAUGAUAGAUAGAUAAGAUAGAUCAGGGGUAUCAAACUUGAUUGACACCCCUGAUCGUGUUUGACCUCGGGGGGGUGGGGGGGCAUGGCCAGGGUGAGCAUGGCCAGCUCAACGUCACUCAUGUUGGAGGCCCCUGAGGUGGUCUGAGCACUCUGCCAGCGAAAACAGUCUCCCGAGCUCCGUUUCUGGCUGCAACAGCCUCCUGCAACCCUCUGCCAGCAAAAACGGAGCUCUGUGGCCCUCCUGAGCUCUGUUUUCACUGGCAGAGGCACUGUGGGCCAGUCCUUCACUGUCUCCAGGGCAGCCCUGUGGGCCAGAUCUAAGUACCCCACAGGCCAGACCCAACCCGUGGCCUUGAGUUUGACACCCCUGAGGUAGAUAGGUAGGUAGGUAGGUAGGGAUAGAUAGAUAGAUAGAUAGAUAGAUAGAUAGAUAGAUAGAUAGAUAGAUAGAUAACAUUAGACUGCAUAGAUUAAUCUUUAGAUUAAGUCUUAAAAAUUAAAAAUGAAGAUGUCAUUCUCAGAUUUUAUUAUUUCUUGGUUUUAUUUUUUGAAAAAUGCUCUGUAGUCCCCAAAGACUAUCCUUGGUAGCUUAACAAUAUGAGCUGUAUCAUUAAGAAAAUCAAGGAGCUUUUUGCUUUUAUUGAAAAGAAAUACUUAUACUUGUAUUAAAUGCCACUGAAAAUAGGACUUCCAUUCUUUAAGAACUCUUCCCCCCCCCCCAGAAAAAUGGAGAACAGGGAUACAUGGAAGUUCAGGUUUUAGUAAUAAGCCUAUUCCCCCGUUUCUAUCCACCUUCCUCCCUUGCUCAACCAUUUUUCGUUGGCACUGAAAGCAGCAAACCCAAAAAUCCCAUCCAAAAAGGUCCGAUCCCCUCCCACCUCCAAGCAAUCUGAUCCCAUCCAGGAACCUUUGCAAGGCUUCAUUUGGGUGGCCACAGAUAGAAUUUCCUCUAACCUUGAAUUCUGACAUGUGUGAACAAACAUCACAUCUCAGAAUUCAAGGUUAAAGGAAAUCCUACUUGUGGCCACCCAAAUGAAACCUUGUCAAUUUUACAAGAAUUUGACUUAAAUUUCUUGAGAUUCAUUAGAACAAAUUAGUGCAAAUGUUCUUCUGGUAAAAAGUUAAAUGUGCUAUGGAAACUGCCAUGCUUACAAAGAGUGGCUCAUUUUCACUAAACACCCCAUGCCUUCCCUGAAUCAAAUUAACAUAUCUUCUUCAUAUUUCAUUAGCACUAUCACGAAAUACAUAGGAAGACUAAAUCUGAUGACAAAACAGGGGCCCUUCCUUAUGUGGUGAACAGCACCAAACAAAACAGGGUCAUGUUAUAAUACAAAUAUUUUGCAUCUCUUAAAUUUGGGAAAGUUGACUAUUCUUACCUGUAUAAAGGAGUUUGAUAUAAACUUUUUUUGUGUGAAGAUGCAACCAAUAAGCAUCACUAUAUUAAUAUAGGUAGUUUACAGAAAUAGACUGCUAUGUUGCGCAACCAACCUACUAACUCCCAUUGCAUCUUCAUGGACUUUAAUCUGUAUAGGAACCAGAAUGUCCAUACGCACAGCACCGAGGUACCUGCUUUCUGCACAGCCAUUCAUAGCUAAACAAUGUGAAGAAAACCACUGUAGGAGUGAAAGGAGUGAACAUCCUUUCCACUAUCCUCUAAACCAGGGGUCUCCAGCCUCCGGGCCGUGGACCAGUACUGGUAUGUGGCCCAUUAGGAACCGGUUCAUGCAUCUGCACAUGUGCGGGAUCUAGGUAGUGCAUGAAACCAUCCUCCUCCCUCCCAGUCCAUGGAAAGUUUGUUUUCCACAGAACCGGUUCCUGGGGUCAAAAAGGUUGAGGACCACUGCUCUAAACUCUUGCAAGAAAUUAAUGAUUCUUUGGAAGCUUGAAAAUAAACAAACUUUCUUUUCCAGGCUGGCUGGGCUAAAUCAUGAUGGGACUGCCCAUCUGUUGUUCAAAAGCAUUUAUAUCCAUGGUAGGGAAAACUAUACACUGGAGUUAAUAUAAAUGUCACCUUUUUAGUACUGUUGAAUAUUAUUAUUACAAAACUUUUUUUAAAAAAAGUCAUUGUGUUUAUUGCCCAUGUUUUGACUGUGCCAUUUCAAAGCAACUUGCUUUUUUUUGUAAUUUGUAAAACCAGCACUUUUUAUGUGUAUUUUAAAAAUACAGAUAAAAUCAAAGAAAUGAGUUUUAAAGUUAACAGGUUUUUGAACACAAAGUAGAGUGUCUUGUAUAAUGUUGUUAAUGCAAAGCACUUUGGGAAGAGAAGAAGGUACGGUAUAUGCGAAUGUGUUUUCUAUCAAUCUUAGAACUUUUGUACAUAUUUUUAUACGCUCCUUUAUAGAGAGUUGAAUUUCUUAUACCAUGUUGUACAUCUGGCUGAUUUUGCUAUAGUUGGCAUUUAUUCAUUUUAUAUCAUAUUCCCUAAAAAAAAUAGUGUGACUUUUUCUAUUAAUAUGUAUGUUUUGUGAUUGGUUACAAUUAAUUUUCAUAUAAUGGUAAGUUAUUUUUUGCCUUGUUUCAUGAAGUCUUUUUUUUAAUAUGGAAGGUGAAAUGAAGGGUUUGUGCACAUAAUAAACACAAUAAAAUAAAACUGAAAAUGUGUAACACA